GGUCUGGAGCCGGGGGUGCAGAGUGGGGCACGGGGCGGCCACCGGAGGCCACCUCCUCCCCGGCUCGGCGGGAACUCGAGGAGUACGAGAGAGGCGCGGCAGCCCGGGAAGGUGGGGAGAGCGCCGCCGGAGAGGAGGAGCCCCGGAGCCGGGAGGUCCCCGCGCUCCGCAGGCCGGCCCAGCCCCGGGCUCCCGGGCCCCCGCGUGCCCCGCCCCCGCGGAGGCCGCCCGCCGCCCGCAGGCUGGUCCGCCGCGGCGCACGCGUGUGCGGGCGGGGGCAGCGCGGCGCUCCGGGUCCGCCGUGCACCGCUGCCCGGCCUGCGGCCUCACCCUGAUGCCUGCGCCGCGGAGCCCGGCCGGACGGUCCCGGCACCAUGCGGAGGGUAGAACGUCAUGACAUGAACACCCUAAGUCUGCCUUUGAACAUACGCCGAGGUGGGUCAGACACCAACCUCAACUUUGAUGUACCAGAUGGCAUACUGGAUUUCCACAAGGUCAAACUUAGUGCGGACAGCCUGAAACAGAAAAUUCUAAAGGUAACAGAGCAGAUAAAAAUCGAGCAAACGUCCCGCGAUGGGAACGUUGCAGAGUAUCUGAAACUGGUCAACAGUGCGGACAAGCAGCAGGCUGGCCGUAUCAAGCAAGUCUUUGAGAAGAAGAAUCAGAAAUCAGCUCACUCCAUUGCCCAGCUGCAGAAGAAGUUAGAACAGUAUCAUAGGAAGCUCAGGGAGAUAGAACAGAACGGGGCCUCCCGAAGCUCGAAGGACAUCUCCAAAGACAGCCAGAAGGACAUCCAGCCCUCUCUGAAAGAUGCCCAGGCGAAGUCUCGGACGGCCCCCCACAGCAUGGAGAGCAGUAAGACGGGCAUGCCCGGGGUCUCCCUCACGCCGCCUGUGUUCGUCUUCAGUAAGUCCAGGGAGUUUGCCAAUUUGAUCCGGAAUAAGUUUGGCAGUGCCGACAAUAUUGCCCACUUAAAAAAUUCCUUAGAGGAGUUUAGGCCCGAGGCAAGUCCCAGGGCCUACGGGGGCAGCGCCACCGUUGUGAACAAACCUAAGUACGGCAGCGACGACGAGUGUUCGAGCGGCACGUCAGGCUCCGCCGACAGCAGCGGGAACCAGUCCUCGGGGGCGGGCGGAGCUGGCCUGCCAGACAGCCGGGGGAAGCUCGCCAUGAUUCUGGAGGAGCUGAGGGAGAUCAAGGACACCCAGGCCCGGCUGGCCGAGGACAUCGAGGCACUGAAGGUGCAGUUUAAGAGAGAAUAUGGUUUUAUUUCUCAGACCCUGCAAGAGGAGAGAUACAGGUACGAGAGAUUGGAAGACCAGCUCCAUGAUCUGACGGACCUGCACCAGCAUGAAACGGCCAACCUGAAGCAGGAGCUGGCCAGCAUCGAGGAGAAAGUGGCCUACCAGGCCUAUGAGCGUGCGCGGGACAUCCAGGAAGCCUUGGAAUCCUGCCAGACUCGCAUUUCUAAGCUGGAGCUCCACCAGCAAGAGCAGCAGGCUCUGCAGACGGACACUGUGAAUGCCAAAGUCCUCCUGGGGAAGUGCAUAAAUGUGAUCCUGGCCUUCAUGACUGUGGUCUUAGUGUGCGUGUCCACCAUCGCCAAGUUUGUCUCGCCCGUGAUGAAGAGCCGCUUCCACCUUCUGGGCACCUUCUUUGCUGUGACUCUUCUUGCAAUAUUUUGUAAAAACUGGGACCAUAUUCUGUGCGCCAUAGAAAGGGUCAUCAUACCAGGAUGAAGCCUCUGGUUCCUGUCUUCAAGUUCUUUCACGUUUUCAUUUUAAAGAAAACUUUGCGUAUACUACCAAAUUUUGAAAUGGACAAUUUUGCUGACUAAAGGUGACAGGGCGGCCUGGGGCUGUGCAUUGUAAAGAACCACGGGACUCUUACCCUGGUCGCAGUUGCCAGCUCAGUCCCUGUACUUGGAUAACAUAAAUCUGUUCAGAGCUGUCCCCUUGCUGCUCACUGCCUUAAUCAGACCAGAGCUCCUGCCCACUUGACAUGCCAAGCAUGGUAAACCUCUAGUUAUUGAGCACUUGGCAUAAUUAGUGAUCCAGAAGAAAUGAGAUUUUAAGUCUCUGUUAGGUCUCUCUCAAAAGUGAGCUUCAUUGUCACUAGCAGUUGUGUUUCCAAGUCCUGUGUGCAGCAAGGAUGUGCCUCGACUUUGGGAAGGAAGGAAGCCCAGGUGUUGGCCAUGCUGAGCACUUAUGGCCUGUGGAAGGACAGUAAAUCCCACGUAAUCCACCUGCUUGUCCACAGACGACCAUAGGUCCUAUAUGUUUUUAGUGUCCACAGUGAUCAAUUGUGUGUGACCCUCCAUAACAUGGAAAUCUUAUAACACACCUGUUCAUCUAUCAAAAGCCUAACUUAUAUGUUCCGUUGCACUUUAAAUGGUAAGACAUGAGGAUUUUUGAACCUGAUUUUCACCACCUUAUACCCAGGGACCUGCACACUUGAUUUCAUCUUAAGUGGCUAUGAAUGCCCUGCCUUCAAAGCAUGUAGAAAUGCUUCUAAACCCCUUAUCCAACUAUGGCUUUACCAUUAGUUUGAGGGCCUAUAAGCACCUCUCUGGAGGUUUGUGUUUGGGCAAAACUGAAUUGUGAUGGGGUUCACUUUGUUUCCAGGUCUGUGCAGGAUUACAGAGCACUUGGCAAAUGAAAACAAAUGAUGCUCCUGUUGCUGGUUUUUUUCUUUUUUUUCAUGGACAACGAAGUCAUAGUUUAUAAAACUGAAGCGCAUAAGGUAGAAGCCCUGGAGGCAGAGGCAGCUAUGACGGGAUCUCACUGAAGGCCACUGCGUCAGUGGGAGUACUUCACCCGGAUGAGGACUGACAGCAUCCUCUUAGGACCCUGAAAGAUCUGCAGAAAUAAACUAAAUCAGACCCAGUGUUGAAACCAAGGUUGUUAUCUGUCUUUUAGGACCUUACUGAGCAUAAAUUCUAAGGUAACAGAGCAGUCACACUUCCACUGAAGUGAAAGCAUUCAAAAGUUAACAUCUUUGGCCAGUUUAGGGGAAUGCCAUUCACUGUCUUCAGCCCAGAUGAUACUUCCCUUUAAAUCUAUUUUUCUGUGCAGUUAACAAAAACAAAAAUAUAGAAGACUUUAAUGGAAAUCCACUUGAGCCCCUCCUCCCACCACCCCCUCUGUUAUCUGAAGGCGUAAAGAUGCAUGUUAAGUGUACACUUUCUUCCAGAAAGCAUUAAGCUGCCUGGAUUUAAAUUAAGUGCAAUAUUUUGCAAGCAGCUGCUCUUAGGGAAAUCUCCUGGAAAAAUGUGACAGUGUGCCAUGGUUGGAGAGAAUGGAGUAGUCCAGCAUUAGCCACCCGUCCAGUGUGAGACUCAUGCAAUUCAAGCUUUCUUUUUGGUAACUAUAUAGUUCAUUGGUUGUCAGUAAAUUCACAAACUUAGGCGACCUUCACCACUAUCAAAUACCAGAUUUUUAAAACAACAAUCAUCAUUUCAUGAAGUCUUGGGUGAUAAAAGUGUUUUAGAUUCAGAGACGAGGGAGUUCCUAGUCCCACCCCCAUGUCAUGACUGUGUCCCCUCUACUGUCAGGCUCUCCUUUGUUUUCCCAAGUUGGCUGUAAAGGCACUGUGACCCUUCAAAUCCAGGGGAGAGAAUGUGUUCCAGAUCCAGGGAAAGGAAGGAGAAAGAUGGUGUGUUUUCUUUUACUUCUAUAUUUUAAUGGCCAGCUUUCCCCUCUAUCUGUGGGAAUCGGACUCCGCGUAAGCUGAGGGCUGGGUAUAACCUACACCUCUGUAUCCAGCUGGGUCCUGGUGGGCUCCCCUUGAUUUCUGUGAAUCUCUCUGAGACACUUUGGACAUGCCAGGGGUUCGGGUGCAUGAAGAUGCUGCUGCUGGUGUAGAGAGAAUGAGUGAGGUUUCUAGCCCUUGAGGUUAAGGACUCCAGGAGGGUCCAAGAAGACAUGGCCUUCUCCUCAUGCUGCCACGUUCCACUCUGUCACUCAGCCUAGCAAGUUUGCUUUGACACUUCCCAGACCUACGAUCAAUGUGUCUCCUCUCUGAGGGAAUCUAAUUCCUGCCAGGGAAGUGAAGGAAAUGCAGCGUGGCACACUCCUCUCCCUCCAGUCUAGAGCUGUUAACAGAAACUGAUGGAAACUAGCUGGAAAAUUCUUCUCAAAGAAUUCGUAUUUCCAGUGAUCCUCAUUAGAUAUCAAAUAACAUUGUUUUCACUUGGAAUGUUCAACCUACAUGGCAUAUUUAUUUCAGAGUCUUGUUGAAAGUUCAUGAAGCUUUUUAAUAAUAUGACAUACUCCAAGGAGACUUUUAUUCUCUGUAGUGUAUUAUUAUUUUCUUAAAGAAUAAACCCUCCCAUUGCAUGUCUUCCUCACUGCAUAAGGAGAUUAAAUACAAUUCUAUAAAUAUACAAUUAAAACUAGUGAGCUAAUCAUGGCAUAUCCUGAAAUUGGUUAUUUUAUUUGUAUUUAAAUCAGCAAAUUCUUUUCCCCACCUUUCAUUGGUAGUAAGCAUCUUGCAUAUUCCUAAAGAUGAAAACUGGUUGUGGGGUAGAUCAGUACCUGCGAUCUCAGUGAGUUUACUGAGUGAUUUAAGGUACUGGACCUUGCCUGCCAGCACUGGAUUUUUUUGUGAUAUACUAUUUUCAUGAACACCAAGAUAAUGCUAGUCUGCUGAGGACAAGACAAAAGCCUAACAAUGGCUUUUGAAGCUUGUUCUAGCUUAUAUUUUGGGUAUGAUCAAGCCAGAAUAAAACAGCUCCCUUCCCCCACAAAAAAUUCAAACCCACAAUGAAACAGUAAAUAAACAUACUCAAUUGCUGAUUUUGGACAGAGAAUAGGAUUGGUCCCAAGUUCCUAGCAUAUACUGUUAGUGGUUUUGCUUAUGUGACUGCUGUGUUCUAUUGAAGGACUGAAUCUGCUGAGACUCCUCCCCUUUCCGUGUCAGCCCAUGAGGUAUUACCACCUCUGUCAGUUAGCAUCCAUGUAAAUUUAGCCCUUCUCCUGCUUUUUCACCUUGUUUUCACUUAAAUAUUCUCCCACUGUGUGUUCAUUGCCCUGCCAUUUUUCUAGCAUAUCAGGUUUGAUUAUGGGUCUAAUAAUAGUGACAGGAAUUAGAUUCCCUCAAGGCAACCAAUUGCUUUUGUUCUUUUUAGUUGGAUUUUAAAUAUCAAAUUAUUUUGCAUCAAAUGGUAACAUUUUUGUAUUGAACCUAACAUAGCUGUAAUGAUUUGGAAAACCAUUUCAGUAUACUUACUAGUAUGAACAUAUGUGAUUAAGCAACCUAUUUUGCAUAUUUCUAUAAUUUUGAGGAAUGAAAGUAUAGGAUGAAAUGGCAUUACUUCAAAUUCAGGGCUUGAUCUGGAGAAAAGUGUUUCAAGAAGUUGUUUUAGCACAUGGGCUAACUAAAGAAUUGGUCUACAAGGAUAAAUCACUGAAAAGAAUGAGACUGGCCUAUUAAGUAGUUAAGAAGUUUUAAAAAAUGGUACAGUUAACAAGAAUUUGGUAACCCAGAAGAUAUAAUGCAGAACUAACCUAUAAUUUUCUAGAGCCAGUACAAUUCUCUGUUUGUAAGCAGUUGGAAAGUACUUUGAUCGUUUUAGGAAUGAUUAUGUAUUGCAAUUUUAAUUUAUUUGAAACAUGUCUGUUGUAUUUGUCCUAAGAGAAAUGUUUCAGCAAAAUAUCCUGUGCUGAGAAUGUUUAGUCAGUAGUUAGUGGCUCUGAAAGUAGAAACUAGAAAUGUUUAUUGUGAGGUCUGUUGUAGAAUUUCCAUUUUGUGGGAUACUGUAUCCUUUCAUGUCAGCCUAAAUUCUCUGUAGAAUGUCACCCCAUUCAAAGCAGGUGCCAUUAUUUUUUUAAAUAAACAUUUGAUGUUAGCUUUGAUGUUAAAUAAAGACUUAGAUUUCUUAAAUUUU